AUGCUGCAGUGCAAACAUGCUCAGGAAUUCAGCUUCGGGCCCCGGGCUCUGAAGGAUGCUCUGAUCUCGACCAAUCCAGCCCUGCAGGAGCUCUACGCCAAAGCUUUCUCUAGUGCAGAGAAGCUGUUCCUUUCCGAAGCCUACAACCCCCAGAGAACGCUCUUCUGCACGCUGCUCAUCAGGACGGCUUUUGACUGGCUCCUUAGCCAUCCCGAUGCCCCUGAGGACUUUGAAACUUUCUACCACUCCAUGUUGAGGAGGAAGCAGAAUUUCUAUCGAAAGCACAUUUACCUGCAGCCUAUAGACUUAAUCGAAGGGCCUGCAGGGCUCUCGCUGCUGGAUUCCCUCCAAAGCUGCGUCGAGUCUUUCUUCCUGGGCCUCCGUGUAAAGUGCCUCCCCUCCAUUCCCAUCUCUUCGAUUCACUGCUGCUACCGCCACAGCCAGGACUCGGAUCGAGUGCAGCUGCACGCAGAUGGGAUCCUGAAUUUCCUGAAGAACAACAAGCCCAUGGAUGCCCUGUGUGUCCUGGGACUUACACUGCUGGACCUUUAUCCAUGUGAGACCUGGAGCUUCACAUUCAGCAAAUUUCUGCCAGGACAAGAAGUAGGAGUCUGCAGCUUUGCCAGAUUUUCUGGGGAUUUCCCCCAGGCUGGUUGUAGCAGCUUGACUCCCAUCGCGCAGAAGGAAUGGUUGUGCGAAGUCAGCAAGGAAAACAGAGACCGGACAUUGCCGUUCAGCGCCCUGGAGAUGGUCCAGUGCUGUAAGGUGACCUGCCAUGAGAUCUGCCAUCUGAUGGGGCUGGGGACCUGCCGCUGGCUGCAGUGCAUCAUGCAGGGCGCGCUGAGCCUCGACGAAGCCCUGCUGCGGCCCCUGGAGCCGUGUCCCAUCUGCCUCCGCAAGCUGCAGUACGUCGUGGGCUUCAAACUCGUUGAGCGCUACAGGAAGCUCUACGCUUGGACACAGACCGUGCUGUCCAGCUGGCCAAGGCAAGAGUCAGCAGAGCCGUCGGCCUCCGAGGAUCUCCUUCCGUUCAGCUCAGACUCCGGCAUGUGCUGCGAGAACGACUCCGAGGCAGUGACCUCCUUGUCCGAGCCGCUGACGCCCGACACGUGCAGCCAGGCCCUCUCCAUCGGACAGGAGCUGGAGCAGGACGAGCGCUCGUGCUUGCCGGCAGAGGUACACAACCAGCCACAGCUCACCGCCCGGCCCACGGACAGCAUUAAGGAGUACGAGCUGUGGCUGGAGACGUGCAUCGCUGCCCUGGAGAGGAACGUCUCCGAGGAGGAACUGGCGCAGGUAGACCAGACUGUGGAUGCCCUGGCAAAGUGGGAAAUGUUUACAGGACAACUGCCUGCUAUGAAGAAGGAUCUGCCCUUUGCUAGGGACAACACAGGGCUACGGAAAGUUCUCGGAGACAAAUUUUCCUCCUUGCGGAGGAAACUGAGUUCAAGAAAACUGUCCAAAGGGGAAUCGUCCCCUCACCGCUGGAGGUGGGAGGAAAACUAG